AGACUUAUAAUAAAAAAAGUCUUCUUGGAUGAUCAUGAAUUUGUUGCAGACGUCGUGUUUGUUGUUCGUCGGUUUCGCACUUCUGGCUGCUAUUGAACAGGUCAGUGUUCUUCCAAUGGUGGAGAAUGAGAUCGUUAAAAAAAAUACGGUGAAAAUGUUGGCGCGAAGGCGAUGGCCGCUCAAUACCAAAACUGUAAAGCAGGCAAAGAAGACAGACGAAUGUUUUGCGGUCGCCAUCCUGAGUUCCAUGCGCUUAGACGAUCACCAGUACAACAUAUAUUUAACAAUUAUUCGCCGAAGGCGAGGUGAUUAUCGGGGAAUAUUCGCCAAGACGAAGUCGAGAUAUUCAUAGGCGUACCGGGCGGUGGGGCGGGGGGGGGGGGUUCUACCGCCCCCCCCCCCAGUUUUUAGGGCAGUCGGGCAAUAUUCGAUCAACGGUCGGGCAAUUUUGGUUUGUAAUAAAAAUAAAUGGGACAAAUUGUGUCAAUUUAGUCGGAAAUUCAGUCAAUUUUGUGGUCAAUUUUGUGUUGUUUGGAAAAUUUGUGUGAAUUUUCCGAAAAAUUUUGGUAUGUCCGGAAAAUUUUUUUGACCCCUAAAAUGGUACACAGACCGAAAUGUUUUUGGCUAACCGGCACAAUUCUUUGAAAAUUCAACGAAACUGUGUGAAAUAUAUAUUAGAUCGCUCAGUGAAAAGCCGCCAUUUUGAAACUGAACUGAAUAUGUCACUGGAGCACGUUGCACCCUGAGCCUGCGAUGACCUAACGCAAACUCCAUUUCUCGUCGAAAACAGAAAACAGAAAAAGAGGGAUUUAAGACACUUGGCCUACAGGCCAGUGUAAAUAGCCUAUGUGUGACCUAUAGCUUCUAACGAACUUUUUAAAUAUGUACAGAUGGUAAAGAAUGCUCAUCUAAUUACAAAUCAAUUAACACCUUAAGUAGUGUCACGAAAAUAUUAGUAUCAAGUUAUAAAGUUUUUAAGUAGAAAUUAAUUAGCGUGCAUGUCUACACGUGGAGACAAGUUCGUUGCGACGAUUAAGUGUUGCAAUGUCCGGUUUACAAAAAAUAAAAUACUUCUCCCAGAUACACAAGUUACAUCUCUUGGAUGCAUUACUGUAAGAUUUAGCACGUUUUAAAAUUUUCCAUUUGAUAGAAUAACUAAUAUUAUUGUUCUUAAGAUUCCAGAUGUAUUUAUUUAAUUCAGUAGAGUUGCGCUUCUCAUAGUUAUUAAAUGAAGCUUUGUGAUUGGCGUAUCGGGUUUUGAAUUCGUUUUCUGUUAGUCCAACAUAUGUUUGAGUGAGCCGCUUGUCAAAUGUUUUUACUGUGGCUUGGUACAUAACAGAUUUUGCCAGACAAUUUUUUGACAUAGGGCAUUCACUUGGUUUUUGGCAUUGUACUUUUUUUCCUCUGCCCUAUGGGGUUUUAGCUCGGUGGAAUAGCUUGGAUUUGUUAUGUCCGUCGAUGUUUUGUUUAAAAUUGCUCAUAUGCAGCUGUAGCUAAUCUUGACGGUAUUUCUAUUGAAUAUCUUAUGUAAGAUAUGGCCUGAGGGAAAUACCACGUCUAAAAUCUUUAAAAAGGUCUGACCAAUAUUAGUAGCGACAUUUUUGCUAAACGGUGGGUUGUACCAGGUUAUAUUUCGUUUUCGACUCCUUGCGUUGAUGGUAUUUUGGGAUGUCGGACGUUGUUGGUAUUUCAACUUAUGUUGAUAACCACUCUUUGUUAGGGCUUCUUGGUACAAUGGCACUGCACGCUGAAACGAGUCCUCAUGCAUCAGAUGAAAUUUCAAAAAGGCGUUUGUUGAUCGCGGCUGGUAUGUUGUCUAGUAUUUUGGGUGGAUGGUUUGAUUUGUUGUGGAUCAAUAUUCAUUCAUUGCUUUUGACGUGAUUGACUUCUACCCAUCUAUUUCAGUCGACCUUCUCAACGCAGCGCUAGAGUUUCACCACAAAUUAUGAUGACAUCAGUACAUCACGGAUGAUGAAAGAAAUAUUAUUCUGCAUGCAAAUAAAUCAUGCCUAUAUAAUUCUAGAGAACACUGGGGCAAGAAAACAUCAUCCAACCUGUUUGACGUAACUAUGGGUAGUUAUGACGGGGCAGAAUCGUGCGAGCUGGUCGGAUCUUUUUUGUUACAUCAGUCGAUCACAUCACCCAAAAACACGGUGAGAACUUCGGCCUCUAUCGGCCUCUAUCGAGAUGACGGGCUUGGUGUUAUAAGAGCAACCCCCCGUAAAAUUGAAAUUAUCAAGAAAGAUAUCUGUUCCAUCUUCAACAAUCAUGGCUUAAAAAUUACCAUCGAAGUCAACAAGAAAAUAGUUUUUUAGACGUCGCCCUAAAUCUGUCUACCCAAAAGUACCAGCCGUUCACUAAACCCAACAAUAUUCCACUUUACGUCCAUAACAAAUCAAACCAUCCACCCAAAAUACUAGACAACAUACCAGCCGCGAUCAACAAACGCCUUUCUGAAAUUUCAUCUGAUCAGGACUCGUUUCAGCGUGCAGUGCCAUUGUACCAAGAAGCCCUAACAAAGAGCGGUUAUCAACAUAAGUUGAAAUACCAAUAACCUCCGACAUCCCAAAAUACCAUCAACUCAAGGAGUCGAAAACGAAAUACUAUAACCUGGUACAACCCACCGUUUCGCAAAAAUGUCACUACUAAUAUUGGUCAGACCUUUUUAAAGAUUUUAGACGAGGAAUUUCCCGCAGGCCAUAUCUUACACAAGAUAUUCAAUAGAAAUACCGUCAAGAUUAGCUACAGCUGCAUGAGCAAUUUUAAACAAAACAUCGACGGACAUAACAAAUCCAAGCUAGCUAUUCCACCGAGCUAAAACCCCAGAAGAAAAAAAGUGCAAUUGCCUAAAACCAAGUGAAUGCCCUAUGUCAAAAAAUUGUCUGGCAAAAUCUGUUAUCUACCAAGCCACAGUAAAAACAUUUGACAAGCGGCCCACUUAAACAUAUGUUGGACUAACAGAAAAUGAAUUCAAAACCCGAUACACCAAUCACAUGCAAAGCUUCAUUUAAUAACUAUGAGAAGCGCAACUCUACUGAAUUAAAUAAAUACAUCUGGAAUCUUAAGAACAAUAAUAUUAGUUGUUCUAUCAAAUGGAAAAUUUUAAAACGUGCUAAAUCGUACAGUAAUGUAACUUGUGUACCUGGGAGAAGUAUUGACCGAAGAAGUGACCGGACAUUGCAACACUUAAUCGUCGCAACGAACUUGUCUCCACGUGUAGACACGCUAAAUAAAUUUCUACUUAAAAAACUUUAUAACUUGAUACUAAUAUUUUCGUGACACUACUUAAGGUGUUAAUUGAUUUGUAAUUAAAUAAGCAUUCUUUACCAUAUGUAAAUAUUUAAAAGGUUCCUUAGAAGCUAUAGGUCAAAAAUAGGCUAUUUUAUCUCAAGAGUGACACGUUAUUUACGUGGUACGAAACUGUAUAGUAAUAAAUAUGCCAAACAAAGCUUGCUGAGUUUUUGUGCCUUUCUAUUAUGCUCUGGUUAUCCAUUGAGCACUCUAUCAUUGGUUUUUAUAACCCAACACAAAUUAUAUAUAUAUAUAUAUAUAUAUAUAUAUAUAUAUAUAUAUAUAUAUAUAUAUAUAUAUAUAUAUAUAUAUAUAUAUAUAUAUAUAUAUGUAUAUAUAUAUAUAUAUAUAUAUAUAUACCAAAUAUGUAUUUAGAAUCAUAUAUGAGUAGAGUGCUCGAUAUACCGAAGUAUAGAGCUAAUAUAGAUAAAGAUAAAAUAAACUUGGUUUACUUCAUAAGAUUUAUUCACAAAAUAAGAUAAGAAAUAAUAAUAAUAAUAAUAAUAAUAAUAAGAUUUAUUAAUAAAUCUUAUGAAGUAAACCAAGUUUAUUUUAUCUUUAUCUAUAUAUAUAUAUAAAUAUAUAUAUAUAUAUAUAUAUAUAUAUAUAUAUAUAUAUAUAUAUAUAUAUAUAUAUAUAUAUAUAUAUAUAUAUAUAUAUAUAUAUAUAUAUACAUAUAUAUAUAAAUUAAUCAACUCAACACAUAACAUAAGUUGAUUAAUUUAUAUACCUUUAUGGCUUUUCGCCUAGUGAUUAAUCUAUAUAUAUAUAUAUAUAUAUAUAUAUAUAUAUAUAUAUAUAUAUAUAUAUAUAUAUAUAUAUAUAUAUAUAUAUAUAUAUAUAUAUAUAUAUAUAUAUAAAUAACUUAAAAAGUUAUUUAGUUAGGGCUAAAGUACCGCCGUUAGUGAGGGAAAAGGGGUGUAAGAAAUGUAAGAAAGCACGAUGUUUAACGUGCAAUAAUAUUCGAGAAACCGACAGCUUUAAGUGUUCAACAGAUGGUAAACAGUACAAAGUGAACCAUAGGUUGAAUUGCGAGUCGAAAUGUGUGGUUUAUCUUCUUACUUGUAAAGUCUGUAAAAAACAAUAUGUUGGCCAAACAACAGAUAAAUUUAGGUACCGUUGGAAUAAUUAUGAAGCCUGCCACAAAAAGGCAGUUAAUAACGAGGCUUAUACACAAAUGUUUUUCCAUCAACAUUUCUUGGGUAAUGGACAUAAUGGAUUGAUUAGUGAUUGCGAGAUUGUUUUAAUUGAUAAAACUGACCCAGCGGAACCGACCAGACGUGAGGCAUUUUGGAUAAGCAAACUAAAGACAAUGCAUCCUUCGGGAUUGAACAUAGAGAAUGCGUAGCAAUGUUAAUUAUAGUUAACAGGAUAUUGUUAUUUGUAUGGUAAAUCACUUAUAUUCAUAUUAUGCAUAAUUAGCAAAAUUGGGAGGGUAUAAAUUGGGUUCGCCUGUAAAGUAGGAUUAUAUUUGAUGAAGACAAUAAAGUCGAAACGUUACGUUAUGUGUUGAGUUGAUUAAUUUAUUUAUAUAUAUAUAUAUAUAUAUAUAUAUAUAUAUAUAUAUAUAUAUAUAUAUAUAUAUAUAUAUAUAUAUUAUAUAUAUAUAUAUAUAUAUAUAUAUAUAUAUAUAUAUAUGAUUUCGAUAUUUUUUGUUGAGUUUUUUUCUGAAGCGAGUGUUGCUGCUUUGUCGAAUGUCAAACAAAGACAUAAAAAUAUGAAAUAUAUAUAUAUAUAUAUAUAUAUAUAUAUAUAUAUAUAUAUAUAUAUAUAUAUAUAUAUAUAUAUAUAUAUAUAUAUAUAUAUAUAGUACAAUCUGCAGACAUGCAUAUUUCGGCGUUCAACGCCUCGUCAGUGCAGCUUGGUACACGUCUAGAUACGUGAGACACUCGUAUUUAUCCCCAUGAACUUGCUCUCACCAAGGCAUGUGGUACAACACGGUGACUCAACGCAUCCAGACAUGCGCAGAGCGUAAUGGGGCCAGAGUGCUCAAACGACCACAAGGGAAGUGAGCUUUGCAUUAUCGCUAAUAGACACCCAUUAACAACUCCGCAGAGUGCUCAACAACACCGAAGUGAAGGAGCGUAAUAUAUAUAUAUAUAUAUAUAUAUAUAUAUAUAUAUAUAUAUAUAUAUAUAUAUAUAUAUAUAUAUAUAUAUAUAUUGUAUAGUACGCUAUUGUUGGCUAAAUCUACAUAUUUAUAUGUUCAAGGUUACCGGCGCAAGGAAGUUGAAGAAACCCACUCAUGAAGAAUCAUUGGAUUUCCCAUUACGUCCGGGAGACGGCAUAGUCUCUCGCAGAGCUACGGCGCGUGAUGGUGUAUUUGGUCCCGAUUGUGUGGACUUGUGUAGGGAAGGUAUAGGAGGAGCUUUAUGUAAUUGUGCCCAAUUACCACCAGCGUGGAAUGACGAGGUUAACUGAUGUGUCGAAAAGCAAAAAUUAAUAAUGCUUGAAUAUUUUAGUACUUUACUGUAUGUCGUCUUCUUUUUAUAUGAACAUGCAAUUGCCAUCGUAGAAUGAUAGCUUUGAAUUGCUUUUAUGAAACCGGGUUUGAAAAAUACAAAAAUAAGCACUUUUUUAAGAUUUGUAUAGCACUUUUUUAAGAUUUGUAUUUUAAGAUUAUAAAAACUUAUAACUGACAUUUAGAUUUUAGUUUAACGCAAACGGCAAAUCGCUAAUUAAUUUUAUUUUUAAUUGUGUUAUAUAAUGCCAUUAUAAUAAUCACAUGUAUUCACUGAAGCAUUAAAUUAAGAUUUAGCGUUUGAAGUUUGUGUUUGGCGUUUAUGUUUCGCCAACCAGUUUCGCUACUUCUAAAUGGGUACUUAACCAAUAUUCUAAAUUUUAGAAUGCGGGUAGUGCCCAUGCUAGGUAUAUACCUGAGCAAUCCUAACCCUAACCCUAAACGCUAACCCCUAACUAACUACUAACCACUAAAGUGACUCCGUGUUUUACAAAUCGCGGGUUGCGAUUUGUAAAAGGCGGACUCAUUCAAUACCGUCGCUUGCAACUAAGGAUGAACAGUCGCAGAUAAAAGUCAUAAAAACAUUGUCUAUUCGCAUGACAAAGUUCAAUGUUUUUACCUAGAAAGUUCAAUGUUUGUGAUGAUCAUGAUAAUACGUCUAUAUAUAAACAGCCAUCCAAAAGUCCCAAACAUGUUCAAUCAUUACUUUUUCAUCGACAACUCACCACUCACAAGUAUCGUAUCUUUAGGCCCUUAUAAUUAUAUUAUGAGUUUCAGUUUGUAAAUAAAAUAGAUAGAACAGUUCGUAUAUAACGAUAGCCAAAUAGUGUAAUAUUAUAAAGAGAAUUUUAUAGUCAUUAAAACCUCGAUUGAUGGGCUUCAACAAGCGAUUUGACUGAAGGAUCCAUAGUGUAGCUAUGUUGGGAUGUUGGGAGGAAUCUCCAAUCCUUCUUGGAUUCUUUUCUUGAAA